CUUUACGCUACCAACCUAUGUCUCAGUUAUCCGAAUAUCUUAACCUUAAGAUUGUGUAAUUCCUGACUGUUGUUGAUUUCUCUCAUCAUCAAAAGUGAAUCUCAAUAUACUUCAAAUGACCGUCCCAAAUGAUGUUGCUCUAUAUGAGCUUGCGAUCAAAGCAGGAGUUCCUAUGGAUAACAAAGUUUUUAGUGACUUUAUCGGUUUCGUCAAACAGCUUUUUUUUCAUUGUCUUAAGAAUCUAAAGUUUGACUCAUGCAUAUAUCAUGCUUAGUAGGUUAGUUCUGCAAGUCUAAUACAUUUUUGGCUAAAAAAUUGGCCUAGAAAUCCAAUUUUCCAAAACUUAAAAAAUCGCAUACACUUGGCAAUUAGUGUCUUUGAAACAUUACUUGGAAGUGAUAGGAUCGUCGACAAGAAGUGACAAUGGUCAACAGAUAGUCCUAUGGAAUAAAGUAGGUCAUUCCUCAAGAUUAUCUAAAGCGGUAGUUUUGUUGUCGACAAAGUUAAUCUUUGGCUAACGGAUUGCGAGUUUAAAUGUCAUCUUGCCUGCUUCAGUUUGAGUAUCUAUAUAGUAAGCCUACCCCUCACAUAAAUUAUGAGUGAAAACCAAACUGACAAUCUGGUACCUGGCUACUGGGCGAUUAAUUUUAGUGAAAUUGAAACACCUUAUUAUGUUUGUCAUGUGUAACCAGUCAUCCCAUCACGUCAAUUGACGUUACCUAGUGUGAGAUAUACUUAGGAAACGGUUGGAAGUAAAAAGACCAAUCCAUUGUGUCAUUUAAAGGAAAGCAAGCUUCUUGUGGUUAGGCGCUAUGAAUGGUAGGGUUCAAAAUAAGUCACAAUAAAGCAUUCAUUCUUUGAAAUAAAACCCGAAUAUUUCAUCAUUAUUUCACUUGUGCACAUGGCUCUGUUUAAUUAACUGUGAUCUGACGAUCUAGUAAGGUCACUAUUUCUAGGUUUAAGGUAUAUGAAUAACUAAAUUUCCGGUUGCAUUUAUCAAUAUUAAAGAAAUAACUAGAUAAAGUAUGCUUACGUAAAUGGAUGACUUGGUAAUCUAUUCCUUCUGUUCCCAGUUGUAAACUAAAAAACUUACGGGUAUGCAUUCAGUGCAAUGGGUUUAUAAAACAUAGCAAAUAAACCUGUAAGUUGGGAGACUCAAAGGUUUUCAGACAAUGACUUCGUAUCAUUUCAUGUCGUCAUUGACUGCGACUCUAAUUCGUGUUUGAAAGUGUAAGCCCCCGAGUUAUUGUCAUCAAAUUAACUGUAUUUUGUAGUUAAAGACCCCAAGUAUGACAUUCACAAUUGUUGGGAGUGGCCUGAAUAGAUCUACUCAUUAUAUUCCUUUAAAUGUUAAAUCCUAGUAUUUCAUCAUUUUUAAAUUUUAUUCGUUAUUUUUGAACUGUAUUUCCCAAAUUUAGUCCUUGAUACUACUAUUGCAUGUAUCAACUACCUGUCAGAACAGUGUAUCUGAUUACUGGGUCGUAUACUAAAAAGUGGUUUUUAUGUAUAGUUAUUUCAAAUUAUUAUUUUGAUAACAUUCAACUUUUCAUAUCUUUUUCUAUUAGAAGAGUAUAUAGCUUGAUUUCACUGGGUUGCAGUCCAGACGUCAUUUUUUCAAUGUUAAAAUAUCUCACAUCUGUUCAAUUAAUCGAUUCUACAGAAUUAGUCGAUCGUAAUUCAAUAUCCAAUAUUAGUACAACUACUAGCAGGAGUACUGAACAUCAUCAGGUGAAUAGAUCGAGAUUCCUAGCAAGUCGGAAUUUAGAAUCACAACAAAGUUUUCUUGGUACUUUUAGUGAUUGUGAUCAAUAUUUUAAUGGACGGAAUUAUGAAUUAUGUAAAAUGCUGUCAAAUAAACCGAGAGUUACACAACAUCAUCUAUAUUCAAAACCAAACUUAUAAUGUGGUGUGGCAACUCGAACU